CUCCGGCGGCCGAACUUGCAAAAUGAAAUUCUUUAUUGUCCUCGCUCUGGCCGCGGCCUGCGCCGCUGACCGCAACGCUGACAGAGCCGCCCAGAUCGUGAGGUCCGACUCCGAGGUCAACCCUGACGGCUUCUCGUAUGCCUAUGAGACCAGCAACGGAAUCGUCGAAAGCGCCAACGGCAUCAUUAAGGACCCUAACUCUGAAUACCCGGCCCUAGCGGUUAAUGGAGACUUUAGCUACCCUGGCGACGAUGGCAAAAUCUACCGUAUCACCUACGUGGCUGAUGAGAAUGGCUACCAGCCCCAGGGAGAGCAUCUGCCCACGCCGCCGCCAGUACCUGAGCAGAUUGCCCGUGCCCUGGCGUACUUGGCAACGCAACCUCAACCCGAAAACAAGUUCCAGCAAGGACCUGGAGCCCGCUUCCCCGCUCCUUCUGCCCGCUUCCCUGCUCCUUCUGCUCGCUUCCCCGCCCCGGCUCCUCCUGCACGCUUCCCCGCCCCCGCUUCUGCGCGCUUCCCCGCCCAAUCCGCAUUCGGCAAAACCUCACGCAAAUUCCCUAGCAACAGUCCAUUCAGGUUCUAG